UAACUUAGUCUGCUAUUUCUACUUUUAAACUGCAAUGGAGACCAGUACAGAAGAUCAAUUGGAUCUAAUCAUGGACCGACCAAAUGUCGUUGGGGUAGUAAUGGCGGAUACAAAAGGUUUAUGCACAGGGGUGCGAGGAGAGGGCAGAUCUAGCCAAGCAGGGCAGGUAUCAGCCCUAUGUAAUGAGGCGAAAAGACUUGCAAAAAAGCCGCAGAGUGUACCUGUGAUUGUAUUGGAGACAAACGAUGGAAAAUAUAGAUCAAUGACAAUUAAACAAUCAGAUGAUGUUUGUACCGGUGUUAUUCUCACUUCAACUGCUUUGCAGUCUUGAUGUCAUUGAUUUUUCGCAUUGAAUAAAGAAACUGCUUCUAGCCAUGAUGAUGUGCUCAACUUGACCAUUCCUCCAAGGGCUUUUACACUUAUUCGUGGUCCACCUCCAUUGACUUCAGCUGAAAUGAGAAUAGUGAAAAUUUUUCAAAUACAAAUGUGAAUGAAGAACCUGGCUUGACUUUUCAAGGUUCUCAUAAAAUAAAAAAUAUUAUACCCCUG